CAAGGCCAAACGGUCCUCAAUGCUUCACGUUGCCACAUCUGCAUGCCUUGAUAUUCACACCUCCAGGGAAUCACGCUACUGCCAGACAAAGCAAACUCGUCACACAGCGACCUCUCAAUUGGUUGCUCGCACAGCAACAUACACUGACGCCAGGAUUUCGAGGUGAUUUAUUUGCACGACAGACAUCUGACCCAGGAACGCAUCAUGGUACAAAGAGAAGACAUCCGCGACAUUGACCUAUCGCUCCGCUUCAAGCACGGCACGCACACCAUCUUCCUCUUUGUCGACCCGCAGGAGCCCUUCUCCACGGCAGCCGCCGAGCUUCUGGAGAUUCUCCGGUCGCGCUACCCAGACGGCCUGACCACGUCCACCACGCCACCACCUGGAAAGCAGACGCCCUUGCCCCAGGAUGCCUCGCGGAUAGAGUUCGCCGUCGCCAAGUCCCCCGCGGAUCCAAGCCAAGGGUGGAAGCCACUCGGCGUGAGCGGCGGGAGCAGUGACACACCCGUGAGCAGAGGCGUCAAGGAUGGGAUGGUAUUAGCGUUUGCGAUCCGGCCAGAGGGGGUGGAUGAGGAUGAGGCGCUCGAAUUUGAAGUCGAGUACCCCAGCUACGAGGACGAAGAGUAUGCCGAGGAAGAAGAACAAUGAUGACGGUGGUAGUCAUGACUGGAGCGGCUCAUCUGAACACCACCGGCGUUGUGUGUUUGGAACCAGAAAAGAACGACUUACAGGGCCAUGGUUCGGCAAGCUUGACAGCGUGGCAAGGACACGAUUUAUUGAGAAACACAAGUCUACCCAGCAUAGUCAUCCAAAGGCACCAGAUUUUGGGCGAGUGGCUGAUGUCACUAUCUCUGUGGUCUGUGGUAGACUGAAGAUGAUAUUCGCACGAAUCUUGCCAGUAAAUGCAAAUUUGUACAGUCCACUGGGCAGAAGGGUAAACCAGAACACCUGACUCGCCCUGCCAUAUUGCCUUUGUCUACACGACAAAAUUCCUCAAUUCCGAAGCAGCUAGAAGACAGAAUCAUUACCUGUGUAUGCGGAGAACCACUGGAAAUGAAAUAUAUUCGAAGAGAGAGCGUGGCACCAGGCACGCUCCCCAGCGACCACAGUGAAAGACAACAGCCCA